ACUAGUAAAGUCAAGACAACGAAAGACGACGACGUGAUCGCGGGCGGUCGUGUUUUAUAUAGGUGCACGUGUAGUCAAAGUAACCUAUUAAUUUAUUAUGAUUAAUAUUUUUUUUUGUGAAUUAAUGGAUGGUUAAAAAUUAAGCGAAGACGCUUUGGUUGAUUUGGAGGGCUUGACUGAGGCUACACAGAUGCUGACAUCGGUUUUAUGAUAGUGGGUGUGAUGGAAAUGUCACACCAGGGCGGUGCGGAGGCCGAGAGCCUGCUUCGCUCGGAGCGGAGCGGCGUCAUCAUGCCGGGACAACGACGUUGGGAUGUUAGCGAGGGCGAGAAGGCGCCUUUCCUACGCAACGAGCCAGUGAAGUUGACGCCCGCGUGGGAAGGUUCUAACCUGCCCAAUGACACGCUCAACUUAAAAGGUAUUGCCAUGGAUUUGGCGCCCCCAAAGGAUAAAUGGAACUUGAUCUUUUUCACGCUGAUGCUCCACGGCCUGGGGACCCUAACAGCAUGGAACAUGUUCAUAACAGCGAAGAAUUACUUCGUCAACUAUAAGCUGUUGAACGCACCGACAUUAGCGGAUGACUUCAUGCCGUACGUGGGAUGGGCUAGCCAAGUGCCUAAUCUUCUUUUUAGCUGGUUCAAUAUAUUUGUUAAAAUUGGAGGCAAUUUAACAACGAGGAUCGUGUGGUCGCUGUGCAUAGAAGUACUCAUAUUCGUGGCUACUGUUGUCCUUGCUAUGGUCGACAGUUCACAAUGGCCAGUAGUCUUUUUUUGGCUUACUAUGAUAUCCGUUUUCUUCUUAAAUGGUUUCAACGCUAUAUUCCAGAACUCAGUUUAUGGAGUUGCAGCUCGUCUACCGCCGCAGUACACAGGUGCCGUCGUCCUCGGCUCCAAUAUCUGCGGUACCCUCGUCGUAUUCAUCAACUGGGCCUCAGAUGUGUUUACAAAGAGCCCAAGGACAUCAGCAAUAUAUUAUUUUAUUGCGGGCAUGUUCGUUUUACUGAUCUGCUUUGAUACAUAUUUCGCUCUGCCCUUGAACAGAUUUUUCCGCUAUCAUGAAACAUUACAAGAACGAACGCUUCGUGUUAACCCGGCUCUGGCCGCUACGAAUCAGAACGCGAGUCCUUCGACUCAACGCACUCCAUACGGUCUCAUCCUGCAACAAUCAAUCGUUCAACUAUACAAUAUAUUUAUUGUAUUCUUCGUAACACUCGCUGUGUUCCCUGCAGUUCAUUCGGACAUUCAGCCAGUAACAGCAGGAUUUUUAGGCGAUAACUUUGUACGACUCACAUGCUUCUUGACAUUCAAUUUCACAGCCAUGAUUGGCAAUAUUACAGCAAGUUUGUGGCAAUUUCCAAGUCCCCGUUGGUUGGCCCUCUUCACAAGUCUUCGUCUGCUUUUCAUACCCCUCUUCCUGCUGUGCAACUACCACCCAAGAGGUAGAAUAAGAACAUUGCCAGUUUUAAUUGAUAAUGACUGGGUUUACUGGGCAAUGGCUGUUUUACUCGGAUGGAGCUCUGGUCAUGGCAGUUCUCUUGGCAUGAUGUAUGUCAGUGGCACCGUGGCGCCGGAACAUGCCUCAACAGCUGGCAUGAUAGGAGGAGCCACACUAGUAACAGGAAUUGUAGUUGGCAUUUCAUUCUCAAUAUUCUGCCCCGAUAUUGCAUCUCUCGCUCUUUGGUCGAACAUGUAGCGACUACUUGCGUACAUCGGGACGUUCUGGAACGUUCUAGUACGUGUUGGGAAGUGAGUUUAACAGUUGGAGUUAGUGUGGUGUUAAAGUGACGUGUUGUGAUAAGUUAUACCCCGCCUUUGCCACGCCUUAGUGACAUCUCAAUAUAAGUAUAAAUGUUCCUUAAUCACAAAGUGUUACUUUGUAUGAGAGACAUUUUUCUGUUGCAAUUUAUGGAGUAUUCUAUAAUAUAACAGUGUCUAGUUUCAUUUUAACUUAUUUCAUAAGAUAAAGAAAACUAGGUCAUAUACAGUUCAUAUUUAAUUCUGAAUAUUAGAAAUAUAUUCAAUAUACUUACAAUUGUGUGUUCGACGUGUCUUAUAACAUAUAAAUAGACAAGAUGAUACAAUUAAACACAAAAGCAUGACUCAAUAACUAACCACACUUGAUAUAAUAAUGCCUUAUUAAUAUUCAAUAAACAUCUGUCGCUGCAAGGUAUAAUAAUGGAAUUGAAAAUGUUUGAUUAUAACUUUAUUCAAGUUGACAAUGAAACAUACUAUGGUAAUAUUAAUAUAUAUAAUAUUUAUGACAAAUUAAUAUAUAAUAAACUAUUAAUUAAUUGAAAUUUUAAUUAAAUAUCACGUGAUAUUAUGGUAGUUGAACCCUUGCAGUUGCAGAUAUUUUGAUCCAAACUGCCAUACAAUAAAAGUGUUUAAUUCAUAAACAAUUUCGACUUUAAAUUAAAAUCGAUAUAAACAAAAAUGUGUUAAAGGUAUCAUAAAUCGGACUUUAAUAGUUUGUAUUUAGGUUGGUUUUGUGAAUUAAGGUUAUAUAUCAGCAUAUGAUAUUGUUGUUGAAGUUUGAGAGGCUUAGAGUAUAUAUAUUGUAAUUAGUACAAAUUGUUAAAAUUUAUAGUAGAAAUACAUAUUACAUUUAUUAUAGUAAAUACCCAUUGCGAUUAUUAUUUGCAUUUUGGUUAUCUCUUCGUAUUGAUUUAAGAGACAAAAUAAUGUUUUACUUACAGAUACUUAUAUUUAUAUUUGUGUUAAAAACAACAGUAACCACAGAGUAUAUUUCGAUAUAUUUUUUUUUUGUUCUCCCAAACUAUUAAUAUUUUACGUCCCUUAAUGUAAGUUAACAUAUACAAGAUAUUAAUCCAAAGUGCUUCUAUUGUUUAAGAAUUGUAAGGCUUAUUUAGAGUAAGAUAUUCGACGGCAAUGAUGUAAUUAAUUGUUUUUUUUUUUUUUAAAUUACUAUUACUAAAAGAACUACAGCUGGCUGUAAUCGUAAGGUAUGUUAAAUUUAUUUUAAUUAAAUAUGCACUAAAAUAUAUUUGUAAGAAAUUUGAUAAAU